GUAAACCAAGUAAUGUAAGCAACACAAUAUUGGCUCAAACUCUUAAGUAUUCAAGUCCAAAUGGAACUCGAAACUUUGCUUUCUUUGUUACUUUUCUCAGCACCACUCGUUUGGUUCUUAUUCUUAGCCACUAAAAAACAAUCCAAAUUCCAAAAAACACCCUCCUCCACCGCCAUUCCCAAAACUUACCCUAUCAUUGGUUCUGUCUUUUCCAUUUACGCCAACUUCCACCGCCGUGUCCACUGGAUCUCCGACAUCCUCCAAACCAUCCCUUCUUCCACCUUCAUCCUCCACCGCUCCUUCGGUUCCCGCCAAGUUUUCACGGCAAACCCCGCCGUAGUGCAACAUAUUCUCAAAACCAACUUCCCUUGCUACCGCAAAGGUCUCACGCUUAAACGUUCCGUCGGUGAUUUUCUCGGGGACGGCAUCUUCAGUGCCGACGGUGAAACUUGGAAGUUUCAACGACAAAUUUCCAGCCAUGAAUUCAACACUAAGUCUCUACGUAAAUUUGUCGAAACUGUCGUCGAGGUUGAACUCAAUGAUCGUCUGCUUCCUAUUCUCUCCGAAGCUUCCAAAAACCAAACGGUUCUGCUUGAUUUUCAAGAUAUCCUCCAACGUUUUACGUUCGAUAGUAUCUGCAGAAUCGCGUUUGGAUUCGAUCCGGAGUACUUACAUUCUUCUCUUCCCAAAACCAUGUUUGUAAAAGCCUUUGACGAUAGCUCACUAAUUAGCAGUGUGAGAUUUAACGCUGCGAUUCCAUUGAUAUGGAAAGUGAAGAAAAUAUUAAACAUAGGGAUCGAGCGACGAUUGAAAGAAGCCGUCGCUGAAGUAAGAGGACUUGCUACAAGAAUCGUUAGGGAAAAGAAAAAAGAGCUUAAAGAAAAAGCAACUUUGGAAUCAGUUGAUCUUUUAUCGCGGUUUUUAAGUUCGGGUCAUUCGGAUGAAUCAUUUGUAGUUGAUAUUGUAAUAAGCUUUAUUCUUGCUGGGAAAGAUACAACUUCAGCUGCACUCACGUGGUUCUUUUGGCUACUCUCUAAGCAUAGUCAUGUGGAGAAUGAAAUUCUCAAAGAGAUUACCGGAAAAUCAGAAAUAGUUAGUUACGAUGAGGUGAAGGAUAUGGUUUAUACUCAUGCGUCGUUAUGCGAGAGUAUGAGACUUUAUCCUCCAGUUCCAGUGGAUACUAAAGAAGCAGCGUACAAUGAUGUUUUGCCAGAUGGAACUUUUGUGAAGAAAGGGUGGAGAGUGGCGUAUCAUAUAUAUGCUAUGGGAAGGUCGGAGAAAAUAUGGGGACUUGAUUGGGCUGAGUUUCGACCGGAGAGGUGGUUGAGUCAAGAUGAGGAUGGGAAGUGGAGUUUUAUUGGGAUGGAUCCUUAUAGUUAUGCGGUUUUUCAAGCUGGGCCGAGGGUGUGUUUAGGAAAGGAAAUGGCGUUCUUGCAGAUGAAGAGGGUGGUUGCAGGGAUCAUGAGGCAGUUUAGGGUGGUUCCUGCAAUGGAUAAAGGGGUUGAGCCGGAGUACAUUGCACACCUUACCUCAUUGAUGAAAGGUGGCUUCUCGGUAAGAAUUGAGAAGCGAAGCCACAAAGAUCAAUAAAAAUUAAUAAGGUCAUGUUAACUAGUAUUGCUGAUAUAUUAGUUAAGAAAGUUAAAAGUGAAAAAAUUUCAUUAAAAACCACAUAUUCUUAAUUUUAAAAAGUUAAAUAUACAACUUUUCCACAUUUUACAUUACAAUGUUUCUAUAUUAGUUUUCUUAGCAUUUCUCAUAAAAGUAAAUGUUGCAUAAAUAUGUUCCAAAGGUUCCAACGUCAAAACAUACUCAUUAUCUUGUAUAGAAUAUGUAAUUGGUAUCACACCAAAUUUGCCAAAAUCAUAAUAUUCAUCGUGAUGUUCAUGUAAUUUCGACAAAGCUACUUCAUUGGUCUGUCCCAAAUCAUUGUGAAUCAUAGCUUAAAUUCUGA